CAGAUCACAUCAGAAGAAGAAGAAGAAGAAGAGGAUGACCAGAUCUUUCUUCUUCUUCUUCUUCUUCAUGUCCACUUGAGCUACGCCUAGCACUCUUUCUCUGGAAGCGAAGUUCAGACAUUAAACAUUCAAGCAUUAUAUAUUCUCCUCUAAGCAUGUUUUAGGCCACCUAUCGAUGAUGGCAGGAAAGAUCAGAGGUUUGAAUGUGGUGUUACUGGGAAGAUCAGGAAUUGGGAAAAGUGCUUCAGGAAACACAAUCCUGGGAAAAGAAGCUUUCAAAUCAAAGAAAAGCUCUACUUCAGUCACACGAGACAUAGCUGCGGAAUCUGGGAUGAUCUGUGGACGAUGGGUCACUGUCUUUGACACACCAGGAUUGUUUAGCACAGAGCUGAGUGAUCAUGAGAUUCAGAAGAAAUUUCUAAAGACUUUUCAGCAAUGUGAAUCAGAUUCCUGUGUGUUUCUGCUAGUUAUCAAAGUUGACAGAUUCACAGGAAAAGAGAGAGAAGCUGUGGAGAAGAUUGAGAAGCUGCUGGGAGACGAGCGCCUGAAGAAAACUUGGAUUCUCUUCACCAGAGGAGACAAACUGGAGGAUGAAAACAUGACUAUAGAAGAAUAUAUUAGUCAGUCUGAGCCACUGAAGAAAGUCGUUCAGAAAUAUGACAAGAGAUACCAUGUGUUCAACAACAAGACGAAACAACCUAGUGUGCAAGCUAGACUGCUACUUGAAAAAUGUAUCCAGAGCUUAAAAGACGCUCCUGUUGACCGUCUCUCAUCCCGACGGAUUGUUCUUCUGGGUAAAACUGGAGUUGGGAAGAGUGCAGCUGGAAACACAAUCCUGGGAUGGAGAGAGUUCAUAUCUGUACAGAGUAUGAGUUCAGUUAUCCGUGUAUGUUCAGAAGUACACGCCACUGUUUCAGGCAGAUCUGUGUCUGUAGUAGAUACUCCUCCAUUCUUUGACACACAGAUGAGACCUGAAGAGUUAGUCACAGAGAUAGCCAGAAGUGUGUAUUUAUCCAGUCCUGGACCACACGCUUUUCUCAUUGUGUUAAGAGUAAUAGACAGAUUCACUGAACAGGAGCAGAAGAUUCCUCAGAUGAUUGAGAUGAUGUUGGGUCAGGAGGUGUUUAAAUACUCCAUCAUUCUCUUCACUCAUGGAGAUCUGCUGGAAGAUGAGCCCAUAGAGGACCUCAUUGUGGAGAACAGGAGAUUAAGACAUCUAGUUCAGCAGUGUGGAGGCAGAUAUCACAUCUUCAACAACAGAGAUCUGAAUAACAGAGAGCAGGUGAAUGAUCUCCUGCAGAAGAUUGACUCAAUGAUAGCACAGAAUGGAGGAGGACACUACAGUAACCAGAUGUACGAAGAUGCUCAGAACUUCAGACGAGAAGAAGAAAAGCAGAGACUGAGACAUGAAGAGAAUAGAAGAAGAGAGGAGAAACAAAGACAUGAGAUGGAGAAAGUCAGAGCAGAGUUUGAAGCUAAUAGAUCUGAACAAGAAAGACUUAGAGCAGAGAGACAGAGAGAUGAGGAAAAGAGAAGAAGAGAAGAGAAACAAAUACAAGAGGAGAUGGAGAGAGUGAGAAAAGAGAUGGAGGAGAGAUUCAGAGCAGAGUAUGAAGCUGAGAGAUCUGAACGAGAAAGACUUCGAGCAGAGAGACAGAGAGAUGAAGAGAAGAGAAGAAGAGGGGAGAAACAAAAAGAGGCCUGUGUCUGUAGUUGAUACUCCUGGGUUGUUCAGCACUUCAAUUAAAAAGCUGAUAAAUGAAUGACAGAGUUCUACACUUUUGUCGUGAAAGAAGAGACAGAAGAGACACACAUAUAGCAGAGGCAGACAGGAGCAGAGCUCUGAGAUGAAGAGGCAGAGAGAUGAAGAAUAAAGACCAGGAGAGAGAGAGAGAGAGAGAGAGAGAGAGACGAACGGAGGAGCAGUAAGAGAGCUGCUGAAGAACUGCAGAGCAAUGCAGAAUAAAAGCGUGUCAUGCAGCAGAACAGCUGGAAAUGAACAGCUUCCUCCAGGGGAUGAGACACAAGAGAUCUGAGGCAGUCCGGUAGAACUCAAGUGUGCAGAAGGUGAGAGGAAACAGAUCUCAAGCUGAAAUAAGAUGCAGGAACUCACCGUCACAGCCACCCCAAUCAUCACCUGCACCUGAUUCUCAUCAAGCACGGUUCCAAUCACCGGAGUACUGAGCACCUGCACCUGCACCCAGUAAUCACUCACUCACCAGGAUAAAGACACCUUCACCUCAGUACUCUGGUGUCCGGUCUACAUUUAACUACCCAUUGAACUGGUGCCCGACUGGUUUCUACUGACCUGUCUUUGCUAUGUCCUCAGAUAUUCUCACGAUGAUCUCCUGUGAACUACAUAAGCUGACUCUCCAUCUGAUUAUCCCCAGAGCUCUGGAUGUUAACCUCUCAACAACCCAACAACACCUUGUCACUGAAACAAUAGUAAAUAAACUGUUCACUUGCACUUAUCCCUCCGUCUCCAUAGUGGUUUGUGACAGUGCUACACUAAGGAUUACUCAUUAUUAGGACAAGUCAUUUUGACCAGCAGAUCUUCAUCAGGCCUACACCACUUGUGAGGUAGACUGAUGUGUUUAAAGACUUAAUCAGCUGAGGAGGCGUUCUUGAAAUAAAGAACAAGGGAGAUCUUUAGUAUGUGGGGGCCUUCUUAACGUCUUAUACCUUAAUAUACUGACUUUUUAAAUCUGUUUUUCACCAGGAUUUGGGAGGUACAUACACUACUUCUGUUUUACACGCCUGCUGUUCAGAAUGUACAGGUCAAAUUUGUAUUGAAGAGAUGUUAUUUAUGUUCCUUACCACGAAGAUGAUGUUUGAUGUGUACAUGUCAAAAGUGCGGCUUCAAGAGGAAAGAAUGACUGUGAUGA